GAUUGGCCAACUCUCAAAAAACUAAACAAACUACCGAUAAGAGAGGAUGACAUAUUGAUAGCAUCAUAUAUGAGAUCAGGAACUCAUUGGACAGCUGAACUUGUGGACUUGGUGAGACACAAUGGUGACACAGAUGCCAUCAAAGCACAUAUUCAUCAAAGAUUUCAUUGCCUAGAAAUAUCAAACAAAGCAUGGAGAGGGGAGACUAAUGUACUUGAAGAUGAGGCAGAUGGUAGCUGUUAUGAUGAAGUACAGAAGAUGCAGUCUCCAAGACUACUGGUAACUCAUCAACAAACUUCAUUCAUGCCUGAUGGGGUCCUCCAGGGUAAAUGCAAGACAAUUCUUGUGUUACGAAACCCAAAGUCUGUGAUAGUCAGCAACACUUUUAUGUACAAUGCUUUUGGAACAGCCUUUACUGAGCCAAUUACAGUUGAUA